CGUGAAUGCCUUUCCUCGUCUACUCCUCGUAACACUGCCACUUUUGCUCGUUGACGCCACAGCAAGAGCAGCAGGAGGAAGGAUCUGACGGCAGCUGGUGGUCAACACUUCAGGUGGCAUUAUCUCAUCGCCAUGUGGCUCCUCCACACUCUGCUGCUGCUCAUCACCUGUUUCGCAGCCUCGGCUUUCAGCUUCCGCAUCGUGCUCUCCAGAUCCUCUCCGCGCCGAUGGCGGUCAUCCCCUCUUCUCUCAAUGUCUGCGGCCGUCCGCAUGCUGCCGGCGAGGCGUCCGGCGUUGGUGCGCAAGGACCGCAAAUACUACAACGCCAUCACCAACCGAAUGACCCGCAUGCGCGACGUUGACGAGCUGUUGCAACUCAUCGACCAGCACUUUGGCGACUUCAACAGCGUGCAUGUGGUUGCGGCUCUUCACAAGCUGGCCAGGGCCGUCAGUGAUGGGAGGGACGGGCAUGUGUCGGCGGUGGACCGGCUCAAGAGCGAUGAGGUGUUUGUGCGGCUUGUGGAGAGGCUGCGGUGGCUGCUGCAGAGGUCGUCCAAGUUCCUACCGAGGCAUCUGUCGAACGCCGCGUGGGCGCUGGCGAGGCUGGGCGUCAGAGAUGAUGAGGUGGGCAUCCACUCAUUCAUGCCAUGGCUUGAUCUCCCUCUGUCGAAGGUGUGCCAUGUGUGUUAUGUGGUCAGCUGUAUGAGCUGUUGAGCCGUCAGGCCAUCGGUCGUCUGCGCAAGUUCCAGCCUCAGGAGAUGAGCAACAUGCUGUGGGCAUACGCCACCAGUAAGUGAGCGCACAUUGGGCAGUGAGUCACGCGACUGACGGACAAGCCUACUAACUGUCCAUUUGUGUAUCUCUUGUCUGUCUGUCUGCUUUUCUCAGUCGGUCAACGCGACCCAGCGUUGGUGUACCAGAUGUACCCAUUCCUCGCGCGAGAACUCUCACGAGCGGCAUUCGCCCCACAGGUACGCACACAGACGCAACGACACGCACUGCCUCAUCAGCUCUGUUCUUGUUUGUUCAGGAGCUGGCCAACACGUUAUGGGCACUGACGACUCUCGGCAUGGCCGACACGGCCUUCCUUCUCGACGCAGCCGAUGCCAUCACCAAGUCAUUCGACCAGUACCGACCCAUGGACAUCGCCACCAUCCUUUGGUCCUUCGCGGCCGUCGGCGGCCUUCCGCCAACCAUCUUCCCGGCCAUCGCGCGUGCAGCUGUGGUGCGGGCUGAGGCGGUGGUCAAGCAGACAGGGGCUGGAGGAGGCCAGUUCUCUGGGCAGGACUGCUCUCUCAUGGUGUGGGCCUGCGCACAAGCGGGGAUCCAGGAGCACGAUAGAGACGUCCUGGACGGCAUUGUCAAAGUGGCCAGGGGCCGACUGGGGACGUUUUCCGACCAGGCGUUGGCCAACUUCGUGUGGGGUCUUGCCGUCCUGGAUCAUCACGACCUUCCUCUCUUCAGCGAGGCCUUCAGAGAAGUGGAGAGGCGCGUCAGGGACGGCUUGAUGGCGUCACCCAAGCACCGGCAGCAGAUCUUUUGGGCCCACCUGUCGCUGAUGCUCGACGAGCGGAUCGACGAGGGUCAGAGGGGUGCGGUGGCGAUGGACGAGAGGCUGCUUGAGAGGUUUCGGGAGAGCUUCAUGGGUGUGAGCGGGGUCAAGGGUGAGGGAGGCGAGAAGCUCUUCUCGUCCAGCCUGCAUCAGGCCGUCUCUCUAGCCCUCAGCCGAUUCCUCAAGGUGAGAGACAGGUGAUGAAUCCGAUACACACACGACACCUGUAGGCGAUGGAUGCAUUUGUGUUUGCUUGUCAUUGCUAUGUGUCUCGUGUCAGGUUGAGCACCAGAAUGAGUACUGGAUUCGCAAUGCCAUAGUCGUCGAUAUCGCAAUGCCGGAACGAAAGGUCACACACACACACACACACAUACAAGGAGCCGAUGACCCAUGUGCUCAAAUGCGUGCGUGUUGUGCAGGUUGCUUUGGAGGUUGACGGUCCCUUUCAUUAUCAGUCGCUGGGCCUGGGGCAGUCGCUGCAGGACCCCGACACGCCCCCACAGAUCACACCCAAGACGCUCUUCAAGAGAAGGAUACUCAAACAGUUGGGAUGGAAGGUCAGACAUGACACAGCGGACAACGCACCUGCCAACGCCAAACACCGAUCAAAAUUUUGUGAAUGCGUCCAUGUCUGUCUGUCGUCUCUCAGGUGACGUCGAUUCCCUACUUCGAGUGGCAUGCCCUCCGCAGCCGCAAAGACAAGGAGGAGUACGUCAAGCAACGGUUCCUGGACAUCGGAGUGGACAUCACCGCGCCCCCGGACAUCCGGCAGGAGGACGACAGCCAAGCGUCAGCGCCACUCAGCACCCCCCGGAGGCCUAAGAGCAGACCAGAGGUGUUGGCGGCGAUGAACACGGCCCCUGCUGCCCAGCAGGCACCCUCCCUCUCCCCCCAUCCCUCCCCAGUUGACCAUGCGGCACCGCCCCACGACAUACAAUCGUCCGCCGCCUCGUCCCGCCCGCCGCCUGCUAUGGAACCACAGAUUCUGUCGGUCACUUCCAUCUGGGAGCCAGACGGGAGGGGUGAAGGCGGCAAGAGUCAAGAGGAUCGACCAAGGGAUGACGCAGCCAAGGGCGUCACGAGUGAGGCGACGGAUGGAGUGGAUGUGCCAAUGGCGAGGCGGCGGUGGAGUGACAUGGUGGCCGAGGGGUUUGAGUGGGACGAUGGGGACGAUUCCCUUACAGGCCCUGAGGGCGAUGUCGAUGACGAUGUGUCGUCUACUUUUGAUGGGAUCGACAGUGAUGAUAUGGAUGUGUAUGACAUGUUUGAGGGUUUGGAGGACGACUUAGAUAGGCGAUUGGGCAUAUCAAGCACUGGCAGACAGAACACCUGACUGACUCAUGCAUGCGAUGCUUGGUUCCUUGACUGACACUCGGCGACAGAUGCGCUUGUGCAGUCCAAUACAGUGUCAACACCCCGCCAGAUAUGAAAUGUAGGCACCGAUGGAUAGCAAGCCUCUUCCGCGCUUCUGUGUCAAUUUUGUGGGUGGGGG